AUGAAUUUAUUGGAACCUUCAUUUGGACCCUUGUUUGGAUCCCGUGGCAAUGGUUCUGUUACAGAUAAUGUCACUCCCGAUAUGAUGCACUUAAUACAUCCCUAUUGGAGUCAAUUUCCUGCCAUGGAUCGCAUGUGGUAUAACAUCCUUACGCUGUAUAUGGUUCUCAUAGGGAUUAUCUCAUGGUGUGGCAAUGGUGUUGUCAUCUAUGUCUUCUCGACCACAAAAUCUCUACGCACUCCAGCCAAUUUGUUGGUGAUAAACUUAGCCCUAUCCGAUUUUGGCAUGAUGUUGCUGAAUACCCCAAUGAUGGGUAUAAAUUUAUAUUAUCGCACAUGGAUAUUGGGACCCAUGAUGUGUGAUAUAUAUGCGGGUUUGGGUUCAGCAUUUGGUUGUAGUUCCAUAUGGUCCAUGUGUAUGAUAUCAUUGGAUCGUUAUAAUGUCAUUGUCAAGGGUAUGGCGGGACAACCGAUGACAAUAAAAUUGGCCAUAUUUAAAAUAAUGUUUAUAUGGUUUAUGUCGAGUAUUUGGACUUUGGCGCCGGUGUUUGGCUGGAGCAGAUAUGUGCCAGAAGGCAAUUUAACCUCAUGUGGCAUUGAUUACUUGGAAAGAGCUUGGAAUCCUCGCACCUAUUUAAUUUUCUAUACCAUAUUUGUUUAUUAUAUACCUUUGUUUUUGAUAUGCUAUUCCUAUUGGUUUAUCAUAGCGGCUGUCUCGGCUCAUGAAAAAGCUAUGCGCGAACAAGCCAAGAAAAUGAAUGUCAAGUCUUUGCGUUCCUCUGAAGAUGACGAGAAAUCGGCCGAAGGCAAAUUGGCCAAGGUGGCUUUGGUUACCAUCUCACUGUGGUUUGUGGCCUGGACCCCUUAUCAGGUCAUCAAUACCUUGGGUCUAUUCAAAUAUGAGGGAUUGACCCCAUUAAAUACCAUAUGGGGUGCUUGUUUUGCCAAAUCAGCGGCCUGUUAUAAUCCCAUUGUGUAUGGUAUAAGUCAUCCCAAAUAUCGCAUUGCUUUGAAGGAGAAAUGCCCGUGUUGUGUCUUUGGCAAAGUUGGUGAUGGCAAAUCCAGUGAUGUCACAUCUCAGGCUACCCGUCAAGAGGAAUCUAAGGCGUAAGUGCUGAUUAACAAACAAGAGUGAGAGAGAACCACGAUGAAUGAUUUUUUGCCAAUGAUAACGGACCCUUUUCUGAAUAGAGAACUAUUAAAAACCACCAAGAGUGUUUCAUAUAUAAGUAAAUUUGUUUUUAUUUUAACUCGAGCAAUGUCAUUAAAGACGUAAAAUAAUAAAAAAAAGUAUAUAA